AUGGGCGAUCAAUAUCAGAUCGUCUUGGACCAGACCCUCUCGCGCGUCCUCCAGCCACGCGCGUGCGACCACUGCUUCGUGCGCAAAGUCAAGUGCGAAAGGACCAUCCCGUGCAAGACAUGCAUCGACACGGGGCUCACCUGCUCGUACCAGCGCAGGCCGCAGUACAAGUUCAAGGCUUCAGCUGACGGCAGUACGAGUGGAAAAGGCGGCACGAAAGAUUCUUCGCAACGCGCAAAGAAGAAGGCGGCUCGAAGAUUGCAAGAAUCUCAAGACAGUCAAACACCAAUUGAAUUGACUUUCGACAGUAAAAACCCAUCUGUUGAUUCAGGGCGCGAACAUCGAUUCGUGCCGUCGAUUCAUCAAUGCUUUAAUGAUGGCGGUCUUACAGCAGCUAGUGGGGACUGGUUUGGUCCAUCGGGUAUCGUGGACUUGAACAACGAUACUGAGACACGGCAACGCCCAUCAACAAGCCUAGUACCCAUGGAGAGAGUCCCUGAGUUCACACCAGAAGCAUUUCCAGACUUCUCACUAGCUGGCAUGCACAACCUACCAGAAUCAAUACGGUCUCACACAUCGGAUCCACUUUCCAUGGUGCGGAUGCACCCAUCAUCAAAACUAGCGAACGCUCAACUCAGAUGGCGGCCACCUUCACCGAAGCAUUCAUCGCCAGCUCUGAGUGCCGCCUACUUGUCUCCGCUAGGGCCUGCCAGGAUAUCCCAACUUAUCAAUAUCUUCCUGGCUCGACUCCAUCUUUCCAUGCCCUUCUUCAAGAGAUCAUUCUUACUAGUAAAUCUCAGGAGUCGUCGGCAUGAAUACGACCGUCAGUUCAACGCCUUGGUGCACAGCAUCUGCGCCUACACACUAUUCCAGGCAAUCCACGCCCAAGACAAACCUCUGCUACCAGAUCGCCUCAAAUUAGCCGAAUCGGUACUGUCAUAUGUGGCAGAACAGCAUGGAGGGGCGGACUUUGGGCAAGACCCGUCGGUGGAAGCCGUUAUGACCAGUUUCUUCCUCUUCGGGUGUCAAUUUUGCCGCGGCAAUCAUAAUGCCGCAACGGUGCGGUUUCGUGAGGCUCUCACUCUGGCAGAGAUUAUGAGACUGCAUGAUCCAUCAAGCUAUGGCAACAUCAGCCCCGAUGAGAUGGAUCGGAGAGUGAGAACCGUAACGGCACUGGCUUUUGUGGAAAGGAUAUAUGCGCUGCAACAUGGCUCUACGUUACAAAUGCCUCGCCUGAUGGGUCUGGAUAUCAUGGCUUUCCACAGGCUCAUCAAGCGUGUCUCGUCAGCCGAAGAAGCUGUGGAAGAUUUAGCUGUUGAGGGCUUAGGUCGCAUGAUCGACCAGAUUGACUUCGUCGACGAGACGGUCGUGCGAUGCUGGAAGUCCGAUUGCAACCUGGACCCAAAUACCAAUCACAUAUCCGCAGAGAAGCUGGUGCAGCUCCUAAGACGAUAUAGUAAGCCAUUAGAAGCGAGUCCGUCCAUGGAAAAAGGAGGUGCUCAGCACGCGGAUAUUCUGCUCACCCGACACUGGAUCCGCAAUAUGCUCUGGAACCUCGCCUUCCGCCACGGCUUCACCAGCCUCUCUGACCCCAACGUGGAGCUAAGGCCUGACUACGCUAUCGACAUCGCCGCCGAAACCAUCAAUGCCUGCGACUUUUUCGAUAUACGUUGUUUAGAAACGCACGGAGUCGGGCUGGCAGAAAAGCUGUAUGACAUCGCGAGCAACUGCGUACGAAUUGCGCAGACAUUCCCGGCGAACGGCGGCGCGUUUGCCGGUGACUUUGGAAUCCCCACCUCGGACCAUGAUUCCUGCGCAACGUCUAUGAGUGGAACUCUAGAAUCAAGCUCGUCGGCAAGCGACCCAUCCGGAUGGGUGGGCCAAAUGCCUACCAUCGAGAUGGACUGGGCAGCCUCGAGAACAGCCCAAGUGAUGGAAAUCCUCAACAGGUUUCUCGCAUUAUUCGCACUGUUCCGCAAAGGAAAGCAUCCGUUCCUCAAGCCAUUCGUGCAGCUCAUGGCAGGCCUGGACUUUCCCCAGAUGGCGACGGGCGACCCGCCAUGGGAUGACGGCGUGCAUAUGCCGCUUGUUAUGUAG